UAUUCGUAAUAAAAAAAAAAAACAAAAACGAAACAAAUUAAAAUUCACGAAACUCGCAAAAAGUGAUUGAGUGUUUCCUUUAACGAACAAAUUCCAUUAGGAGCAACGGACAAAAAAAAAAAAGAAAAAACAACACAAAAAGAGGCUACCAAUAUUAAAAGGCCUUCAAGUCUAAAGACAGUUUGGGUGUGUGUGUAUUUUCGUUUUGUGUAUGUGUGUGUUGUUAAUAUUGCGUGUGCUAAUAUUUUCCACCAACUUCCAGCUUAGCUUGAACUUUAAUUAAACCAUCAUCAUCAUCGUUUGUGCCGUUUACUGUCGCACUUCUGUGUUCUUUUGACAUUGUCAAGUAGAAGUUUUCACCAUCGUGUCUUCCGUAAAUUGUUGAGACACACACACACGCACUACCACACUCCUACACAAUUACACACACACACGUACUCAGAUUUUCGUCGACAACUCAUGCAACAAUAUGACUGAUCCGAACCACCAACCGUAUCAGCCGUUGGUUUCCGUUAUUGCGGAACGUUCAGGCACUGCUUCAACACCUCCUGUACGGCAGCAAAUGUCAGAAAGCCCAACAGGGCCUACCAAACUGGCACAUCAAUUUUGGUUUUCAUAUCCGCCACCGGGCGCUGGCGGAGGCUCUUCAAACAGCAAGACAUCGCAAACGGACGAAGAGAAACAGCGCGAUCGGCAACGCAGCGAAAGGGAAGCUAAAAAAGAAGAACAGGACGCGAUAAAUUAUAAGAGAGACAAAGACGCCCGAGAAGCCCGUCUAUUGGAUUUUGAGAUACGACGGCAGCAGGAACGCGAAAAGAAAAAAGAAGAGCAAAAGAUUUUACAUCAACAGCAUCAGCAGUUGCGUGAACAACAACAUCAACAGCAGCAGCAGCAACAACAGCAAAGCGGUGAAAGUCCUCCCACCACCUCGACUUUAGCUCAACAACAGCAGCAGCAACAACAACAACAACAACAGCAGCAGCAGCAACAGCAAGACGAAGAAGAUCCAGAAAAGCAACAUCUCAUCGGCGGCAGCAGCAGUGCACCGACACCGAUCAUACCAACACCACCAGAACGUGGUCUGCCACCAGCGUUUCGCAGUCGUUCCAUAGAACGUGAAUAUCUCUACGAAAGGAAGCGACAACUAUCGACAGCCGAUACACACGACUAUAAAAAGCCGCUAAGUACGACACCAUCGCCACAGGCAAUAACUGGACCACCACCGCCUCCUACACCAUCAGCAGCGGUGGUGGCGGGCCCACCGGCAACGGCUGCAGCUGCCACAGCUGCUAUAAUCCCUAUUCUACCAUUAGGGGUUGCCACGCUACGUGAUGACUCCACCGAAUCGGAAGAACAGUCCAUGACAUGCACUCAUGGCCAUGCGGAGUCAUGUCAUCGCAUUAUGUGUCGAGCCCCAAUAGCAUCACUCGAUUGCAUGGAGGAGUUCAGUGGUACGGGCGGUCAUCUUGAUUUCGGCCGUUCUCUGAGUUUGGGCUCAAAUCCAGCUCUACCGCUGCGGCCGGGCUCAACACCAACGCCCGGCUUACGCUACAAGAAUCUGGGUAAGAGCGGUCUGAGGGUCAGCAAUGUAGGCUUAGGUACAUGGCCGGUCUUUUCACCGGGUGUCAGCGAAGAACAAGCCGAAGCCAUACUUAAGCUGGCCAUUGAAAGCGGUAUAAAUCUCUUCGAUAUAUCGGAGGCCCAUUCGGAAACGGAAAUUGGUAAAAUUUUACAGAGAACCGGCUGGAAGAGGACUGCCUAUGUCAUCACCACGAAAGUCUAUUGGAGUACCAAAUCAGAGGAACGUGGCCUUUCACGAAAGCAUAUUAUAGAAUCCGUAAAAGCAAGCUUACAACGUUUGCAAUUGCAAUACAUUGAUAUUGUGAUCAUACAUAAAGCGGAUGCUAUGUGUCCAAUGGAAGAAGUUGUACGUGCCAUGAACUAUGUCAUCCAACAGGGCUGGGCCAUGUAUUGGGGCACUGCCCGUUGGUCUCAGGUGGAAAUCAUGGAGGCCUACACAAACUGCCGUCAGUUUAAUUGCAUAACACCGAUUGUGGAACAGUCCGAAUACCACAUGUUUUGCCGUGAGAAAUGCGAGCUUUAUCUGCCGGAAAUGUAUAACAAAAUCGGUGUCGGUCUCAUGGCCUGGGGCCCACUGUCGAUGGCCUUGAGUGAUGCACAAAAUGGUGAAAAAAUCUUUCUGCCAAAGGGCUCAUUUAAAACCAAAAGCCAUAGCUAUUCGUGGACUGAAGAUGAAGUCAAUCGGAAUGCUGCCUUAUCGCCUCAGGGUAGUUGGAAUAAGGAACGCAUGGAAGAGGGUCGCCGCCAUUGUGAUCGUUUAAAGGAUUUAGCCGCAUUGGCCGAAAAACUGGGUUGCACACCAUCCCAGCUGUCCAUUGCCUGGUCGCUGAAACAUGAACCUGUACAGUGUUUACUUUUAGGUGCCACUUCUGCUGAACAAUUGCAUCAAAGUUUGCAAUCAUUACAGUUACUGCCACGUCUGUCGACCAGUGUUAUGCUAGAAUUGGAACGAAUAUUAGAGAAUAAACCGGUGCGACCGCCGAUGAUAUCGACACUGGCACUUCGGUGACAAUCAGCCUGCCCUCAGGGGCCCCCAAGCCUUA